AUGAUCGAUACGCUAUCAUCGACUUUCUUAUGUAUUCUAGCUCAUAGCAUUAUAUUAUUGAUCACUUUGUUCGACAAGGAAGAUAUUUUAUUGGCUUCGUUACCACCGAAUAGUUGGACCAUUAGUGAGGAAUCACGAGUAGGAUUAACUGUGCUCUUGAUUGUUGGCCUGGUAAUGAACAUAGUGGAGUUUGGUUAUAUGUUCCAACGAAUGCUAUCCCCUCCACUUGCUAUACUUUCCAUGUUCACCCAUUCAUUAUCCUGCCUCCUUCUCUUGAAGUUUAUAAUAGACGCUCACCCAGUCUCUGAUUUCUUGUGGAUAUUCAUACUACUAUCAUGUCCGAACUUUCUUGCAAGCACUAUCAGUAUUGCUAAUACUUUCAAAUUUCGUUGA